CAAGGCACUGGGCCAAGCUGAAGGGUGCCUCUGAAUCGCGGCGUUUUCUGCUUCUUGUUGGAUUUGGCAUUUUCUUUUUUGCUCCUGCCCCAGGUUGGCUUUCGGACGAAAUGAUCGAGGAACCCUUAAACCCAGGCCACUACAACAUCAGCCAAGUGGUUUCCGAGACCGUGCCAGCCGUCACUUUGCCUCUCUUGUUGGUGAUGGGCUUCCUUUUACUCAUGUGGAAUUUUGAAGAAACCUCAUCAAUACCAGGGCCUGGCUAUUGUAUGGGCAUCGGCCCGCUUCUGUCGCACUGGAGGUUUCUUUGGAUGGGUGUGGGGAGCGCCUGCAACUACUACAACGAGAUGUAUGGUGAAUUCAUGAGAGUUUGGAUCAACGGAGAAGAGACCCUCAUUAUUAGCAAAUCUUCGAGCAUGUUCCACGUGAUGAAACACGGACACUACAUCUCCAGAUUCGGGAGCAAGCUGGGCCUAAAGUGUAUUGGGAUGCACGAGAACGGCAUCAUUUUCAACAACAACCCGGCUCUUUGGAAAGAAAUCCGCCCCUUCUUCACCAAAGCUCUGUCGGGUCCAGGUCUUGUGAGGAUGAUUGCUAUUUGCGUUGACUCAACGAGAGAACAUCUGGAUCGUCUGGAGGAGGUGACGACCGAGUUGGGAAACAUCAACGCCCUGAAUCUUAUGAGGUGUAUCAUGCUGGAUACAUCAAACAGGCUUUUUCUGGGGAUUCCUCUUGACGAAAAUGCCAUCGUGCUCAAAAUUCAAAACUACUUUGACGCUUGGCAAGCGCUUCUGCUGAAACCCGACAUCUUCUUUAAGAUUUCGUGGCUGUACAAGAAAUAUGAGACGUCUGUGAAGGAUCUGAAAGAAGCCAUCGAAAUCUUAAUCGAGCAGAAGCGACAGAAGCUUUCCACCGUCGAGAAACUGGAGGAGCACAUGGACUUUGCAUCGCAGCUGAUUUUUGCACAGAGCCGUGGGGAACUAACGGGGGAGAAUGUGAACCAGUGCGUUUUGGAAAUGCUGAUAGCAGCCCCAGACACUCUUUCCGUGACCCUCUUCUUUAUGUUAGCACUGAUCGCUGAACACCCUCAUGUGGAAGAAGCAAUGAUGAAGGAAAUACAGGCUGUGAUGGGUGACCGAGACAUCCAGAGCGAAGACAUGCCAAAGCUCAAAGUGGUGGAGAAUUUCAUCCAUGAGAGCAUGAGAUACCAGCCGGUCGUGGACUUGGUCAUGCGCAAAGCCUUGCGGGACGACGUGAUCGAUGGCUAUCCUGUGAAGAAAGGAACCAACAUCAUUCUGAACAUCGGGCGCAUGCAUAAACUUGAGUUCUUCCCAAAGCCGAAUGAAUUCUCUCUUGAAAAUUUUGAGAAAAACGUCCCCCAUCGCUACUUCCAACCCUUUGGGUUUGGUCCCCGGGGCUGCGUCGGGAAGUUUAUCGCCAUGGUGAUGAUGAAGGCGAUCCUGGUCUCUCUUCUCCAAAGGUGCAGCAUCCAGACUCUCAAAGGCAAAGGUCUCGAAAGCAUCCCGAAAAACAAUGACCUGUCCUUGCACCCAAACGAAAGCCAGCCCUUGCUCGAGAUGGUUUUGGUACCGAGAAGGAAGGCAGCAGCCAGGAACCGGGAGGGCCAAUAG